UCGGGUGUGUUUCCCAUGCAGAGCAAGAAUACGAGAGGCGAUGGAGAGGUGCGUCGGAAGUCCACGGAGAGAAAUUGCGAAUUUCGAUCGGGAGACCUGAAUUUGUGGCCACGUUCGUCGUGCAUGGGGCUGCGACUAACCUUAAGCUCCCUCCAUAUCUGUCCUUGUCACCUACGCGCAUGUCGAAGUACUGCGAGUGCUCCGAUCCCCUCUUAGAAGCCGCAGGACUGCCCAAAUGUGACGUCCAUCCCGAUAUGCAUUUCUUUCCUCGGCGCAUUCCUGCCAUCCGACACAGCGUUACUGUUCAACACCACGAUGCCACCCUUUCGGAUGACCCUGACCCGCGCACGAUACAUGUUGGAGCUGCCGACCGUUGGUUAGGCGGCCGCGGAAUGGACCAAACACCGAUCUCUCCAUUGAGCCAUGCCCUAUGGCGUCGGAAGGAUGUACAGCCAGGCGAGGUGCUGUGCUGCUUCGAGCGUGAACAAAUACUGCUCAAGAAUACUCAGUCUGGGGGCAGUAAAUCUGUAUUCUUCACCCUCUACUGCACGAUCACCCCCGGCGAGCACGAUACACGCAAUCAUCUCUUCCCCUCACGCUUCAUCUUCGAGACUUACCACUGUGGACUCGAUUGGCACGCCCCGAAGUGGGCUAGCUGGCCUACCUCUUGCUACGAGUUCGUCGAUUCGGCGCUGACCGUUGCGGUCAUGAUCUACGGACUCAUGUCAAAGGGCGGUGCGAUGACCGUUAGUGGUGCGGACGAACGAUGGGAGCCCUUGAUAUGGCUUUGCACCCAAGGCACUUCUUACACCACAUCUUUCCCCACUCUCGUACAGCUGGCGCACCGUGUAUGGAGAGAAGACGAUGAAGCCUGGGAAUCCGCGUUGAGGGCGCAAGUCACCGGAGUUCUGCUUCCAACUAGGUAGAAAUGGCUAGUGAUCAUCACUGGAAGUAUCCCCUUCAACAAAUAUAGCUGCCUAUGACUUCCGUU